AUGCUCCACUCGUCUUCACUGCUCUCGCUCUCCCUCUCCACUCUCAGCAGUCUCCACUCCAGAGCCAGACACUGGUGCAGCGCCGAUCCAUACAUACGCCACGUGUGUGUGUGUGAGUGUGUGUGCGUGUGUGUGUGUGGGGAGGGGGGGUCGGUCUCGUGGGUGCUUGUUUCCUGAAAACGCCCAACGUUGGAGUGUGCAAGCUGAUCUGCGAGAAAAUGUGCGUGUGAGCCUUUCGGGAGCAUCUCUUUUAUAUGGAGGAGCAUGUGUGUAGAGAGCGAGACGGCGUGAAGAUGUGUGGUGGGAAGGUGCUGUUGUGAUCGGUGGACUUUUCCGGUGUACUAUCGUCGUGCUGCCCCCCCCCUCCCCACUCCUGCUCAUUUGGUUAUCUUGUGAGGGCAAUAAGCGGCUAGCUGGGAUGUCCACCUCGCCUGGUGCAACAGACGGGAGCCAAAGGAACUCUUUGGAGCUGGACGCGGAGCAGGCGCAGAGAGUCCCUGGGCCCGACCAGGGAGGGGCCCCGGCACCCCAGGUCAAGCUGAAAGAAAGGCAGAAGUUUUUUGAGGAGGCCUUCCAGCAAGACAUGGAGCAGUACUUGUCCACUGGCUACCUGCAGAUCGCUGAGCGCAGAGAGCCCAUAGGAAGCAUGUCGUCCAUGGAGGUGAACGUGGACAUGCUCGAGCAGAUGGAUCUGAUGGACAUGUCGGAUCACGAAGCCCUGGAUGUGUUUCUGCACUCCGGGGGAGAGGACAACAGCGCUGCCUCGCCCGUCGCAGGUCCUGACGUGGAGUCCUUCACCACGGAGAUCAGUCUCCAGGUUCCCACGCAGGCUGAGCUCCGCCACAAGCUGUCUUCCCUUUCCUCCACCUGCACCGACUCCGCCAGCCAAGACACAGAGGCCGGGGAAGAGGAGGAGGAGGAGGAGGAAGAGGAGGAGCCCGAGCUGGGAGGAGGUGGAGGUGUUGGAGGAUCAGGCAGCGCUGGGGGCCGAGGAGGAGGAAGGAGGAGAAGAAGAGCCCCCGUGGUGGUGACCCUGGACGAAGAGGAGGUGCACCCUGACACGGCCUUGGUGGACGGGGUGGACCCGACCAGCAAAGACAGGGAGGCUCGCAGGCCGAAGAAUUCAGCUCAGGUUAAUUGACGACUGCCUGCCGGUGUGAACGUGAAUGCUUGUCCAGUGACGUGUGCCGGCUGCCCCCCUGACGGACUGGAUCGGAGACCUGGAAUCCAUUGGUCUCACUCGUCUGGUGCAGUUGAUCUUCUGGACCCUGAAGUCGGUCUCCAGCACUCCUUUUGUCUGAGUGAGGAGAAAAGCUCUCUUGCACACACGGCUCUCUCGACAUUCAACAAAAACAAAGGACUUUUUUUUUUUUUUUUUAAACGGCAUGACGCCCCCACAACUACUGUACUAGCAACCUGUAGUACUGCUUUAUGAAUAAGUACUCUGAUGUUGUGUAAGUGAUGCAGAAUAACAGCGGGGUGACACAAAGAACAUCAGUAACAACUAAAGGCGUUUUUUAAUAAUACAUACAGCUAACAGCUUUAGAUCAUGCUGACAAUCUGGGAAAUGUAAUAUAGCACAUAAUAAAUGGGGAACAAAUGAUCUGCAUGGUGCACAUGGAUGGAUUUUCUUACUACUUUAGGAAUGAUCUGAACCUCCCAAAGCUUGUUGCAAUCCAACUGGUUUAUAAGCUACAUAUUGCAAUUUUUUAAAUACAUGCUCCCAAUUAGAAGAAUCCGUUGUGCCACGGGCUUUGAUAAACAGGGUUAACAGAUAGCAGUCGGCAGGUUGUUCAGUACGUAGUGACUGUAUAUGGGACAGACCACAGAUGGAGAUCAGGAUAUCAGUAUUGGAACUUUUUGCUUUUUGAAGGACCAAACCCCAGUUGGUGCCGUGUGCUAAAUGCACUGGACAACAUCCACAAGGUUGAACUGUGUCCAGACAUUUUUGUGCAGAAAUGUUAUACAUUUGUGUGAAGUGACAGCGAUGCUCCUUCCUUUCUUUUCCCCUGCCAACAGUUUCUGACUUUAAUAAAUGUUUUUUUCCCC